CCCAGUACACAAACAACCAUAACGCUAAAAUGUGAAGUCAGUUCUUGUAGUCGAUGUGUUAGUGACACUGACCAGGGCUAAAGCGUGAUGGCUGGGUCGUGACCCUGCUUGAUCCGAUCCCAUGGAUGAGCUACUGGAGCACAAAGUGCUGUAUUAGAGGGCUGGCCACCACUCCAAGCACCUACACUGGGGCAGACCUUACCUGAUGGCACCAGUGAGAUGUUCUGCUGGGAAACCUUGGGUCCGGUAUUCCCUGAGCUCAAGGUGUUGGCUUGGCCUCCAAGGUCUGUAGAGGCUCCACCUCGCAACUUCCAGGAUCGGUUGCUAACAUUUGGGUGCUGGAUCCCCCAGCCCACCUUCAGAAAGCUUGUGGAGUCCAUGUCUUGAUGAGUCAGAGCUGUUUUGGUGACACCUACACAAUAUCAUGCAGAUGCUUUUAACACUACAAAGACCACAAUUUUUCUGCCUACCUAGAAGGACCAGAGAGGGGUCAUUUGACCCACACAGCUUGCCUACCUAGAAGGACCAGAGAGGGGUCAUUUGACCCACACAGCUUUUGCCGAAUACACUAAUCACUCAUUUUGUUAUGGUAAUGAGGCUGUUAGGGGCAGUGUGUGAGGUGAGGGGUGAGGGGGUCACACCUUACAAUGUGUGUGUAAUUGUAUGUAAAUGUCCGAGCACAAAACUAUCAAACGUAUUGUUGUGCAUGUGGGAGCAAAUGAUGUUUUCAGAGAACAGCUGUUUGUCCAAGAUGAUUUCAGAAAACUUUUUUCUGAUCUCUAUAAGACUGGAAUACAAUCUUUUAUUAGUGGCCCACUCCCAGCGAGAGGAAUUUUUGCAUUUUCUCGACUCUUCAGUCUUAACACCUGGCUUGGAAAAACUUGUUUUUCAUUUGGUAUGAGCUUAGAAUUACACAUAAAUCGUCUGCAAAUAAAUCGUCUGGUGUUCUGAACAAAGUCUUAGUAGACCAUUACAGACUUGCAAUCUUUUCUCAGCCAGCAUUGAAGAAAACAGUUGUUUCUGUGUUGGUAACAGCCAAGACAAACAGGGGCAGACAGCUUCUUCCGAAGGGCUGUCAGCCUCUGAAAUCACCACAGCGUUAGGUUCAGUGGAGAGCACAGAGGAGAGGAGAGGAGAGGAGAGGAGAGGAGAGGAGCACAGAGGAGAGAGGAGAGAGGAGAGGAGAGGAGCAUGGAGGAGAGAGGAGAGAGAAGAGAAGAGAAGAGAAGAGAAGAGAAGAAAUGAGAGGAGCACAGAGGAGAGAAGAAAAUAGAAGAGAAGAGAGACGAAGAGAGGAGAGGAAAGGAAAGGAAAGGAUAGGAAAGGAAAGGAAAGGAAAGGAAAGGAAAGAUGAGGAGAGAAGAGACGAGGAGAGUAGAGGAAAGGAAAAAAGAGGAGAGAAGAGGAGAAGAGAGGAGAGAUGAGGAGAGGAGAGCAGAGCAGAGGAAAGGGAUGGAGAGGAAAGGAAAUGAGAGGACCACAGAGGAGAGGAGAAGAGAGGAGAGGAAAGGAGAGGAGCACAGAGGAGGGUGGUGGAGAGGAGAAGAGAGGAGAGGGGGUAUGAGGAGAGGCAAAGAGAGGAGUGGAGCACAGAGCAGGGUGGUGGAGAACUGAGGAGUGGAGAGGACACGGAAGAGAGUCUGGAAGAGAGAAAGGAGUGGUGUGGAGUGGAGUGGAGAGAGAAAGGGGUCCAGGAGUAGAGAAAGAGAAGAGAGAAGAAGAGCAGAGGAUAGAGGUGAGAAGUGGAGGGAAACUGAGUAAGUUUGGAUUUGAGGAGGGCAGAUAAGAGAGGGAGGAGGGCACAGAGGAGAAAGUGAAAGGCAGGAGAGAGUAAAGGAGGGGAGAGGAUGCAUCACCUGCGCUUUGAUGACAGAGACACCCGCAGCGAGCGAGUACAGACUGAUAGGUUUGCUGCAAUUUCAAACAUAUGGGGAUUGUUUGUCACCAACUGCAUCACAUCCUACAUCCCUGGUCAACACAUCACCAUUGACGAACAACUUUUCCCGUGCAAGACUCGCUGCUGUUUCCUACAGUACAUUGCAACUAAACCAGACAAGUUUGGUAUCAAGUUUUGGGUGGCGUGUGACUUGAAAACCAAAUACGUCUGCAACAUCCUCCCAUAUCUUGGCAAGGACCCCACUCGGCCUCGUGGGGAGAGAGUGUCUGAGAGUGUAGUCAUGAGGCUGAUGGAACCAUUCUUGGACAAGGGCAGAAAUGUUACCACAGACAAUUUCUUUACAUCACUGUCACUUGCAAAACGACUACUUAGCCGGAAUUCAACCAUCCUCGGCACAGUCAACAGGAUUCGCCAAGAAAUUCCACCAUCAACUCGACAGAUGCACCGCGAUGAAUUUACCACCCAGGUAUUUUCAUCCACUGGUGCCACACUGACUGUGUAUGCGCCCAAGCGGAAGAAGACAGUAUAUGUUCUCAGCAGCAUGCACAGCACGAUUCAGACACAGGAAACCGCCAAAAAGAAGCCAAACACCAUCACACUCUACAACACAACAAAGUGCGGCGUCGAUAUCAUGGACCAGAUGGUGCGGGAAUACACUGUCCGCGCAGGAACAAGGCGCUGGCCAAUAUCAGUGUUCUACAACAUGAUAGACAUUGCAGCACUGAAUGCCCACGUGCUCUAUCAAUUAUGCACUGGGAGAAAGGAAAGACGGGUGGAUUUCCUGUUUGAACUGGCAAGAGAGUUGGCUCACUCCCACGUGGGUAUGAAAAAGGUCCAAAAGGAGCAAUUGCUUCGGCAACAACCCUCCACACCACAAUUCGGACAAAGAGCCAAGUGUCAGGCUAAAAUCAAAUGCAAGGACAAUCGUGCAACUGUGCGCUGUGUUGGCUGUUAUAAAUAUACAUGUGGGAAAUGCAGAAAGGAGCAAUGGCUGUGCCAGAAUUGUGAGUGACUGCUCAAAUGUAUUUCACUCAUUUGCAUUCUUUGUAAAUAUGCUUUUUUCUUUGUAAAUAUAUUUUUUCUAUUUUUGGCACACAAAAAUAACAGUUACUUCUGCAAAAACUUUCCACACGAAAACUGGGAAAACAGUUUGUUAUGGUAAUGAGGCUGUUAGGGGCAGUGUGUGAGGUGAGGGGUGAGGGGGUCACACCUUACAAUGUGUGUGUAAUUGUAUGUAAAUGUCCAAGCACAAAACUAUCAAACGUAUUGUUGUGCAUGUGGGAGCAAAUGAUGUUUUCAGAGAACAGCUGUUUGUCCAAGAUGAUUUCAGAAAACUUUUUUCUGAUCUCUAUAAGACUGGAAUACAAUCUUUUAUUAGUGGCCCACUCCCAGCGAGAGGAAUUUUUGCAUUUUCUCGACUCUUCAGUCUUAACACCUGGCUUGGAAAAACUUCCACACGAAAACUUUCCACACGAAAACUGGGAAAACAGUUGCUUUUUCAUUCAUUGUAAAUAUGUUUUGUUUUGAUUUUUUUUAACAAUAAAUGUCAAGAGUUUUGAUCCCAAAUUCUCGUUCAUCCUGAUGAUUCACUGCAUAAAAAUCC